CGGUGCAGUGUGGGGUGACUCACAUCCAUCCUCCAUCCAUCACGAGAUUCACUUAGAAAUAUACUGUUCUCAAAGUCCUCGUUAACCCAAAACCUCAGCACACAGUCUGUCUGGGGCGGCUGUGUCCAUGAUGGUGGCGGUAGUGAUGGUUGUGGUGGCGUGUGGUAGGCCGGAGUGACCCAAAGGAGCUACUGGAUUAAUCUCGUCUGCUUAUGGUGGCGUAUGUCUCAGCCCUCCCAGACCAUCGCCACGCAUAGAAGGUACGGUGAGGGCACAGCAGGAGGCAUGGCGGUGCCCACCAUCGAGGACGUCCUCAACAGAGUGGAAACUGGACCCUGGAACUGGACCAUCUUCCUCCUUGGCUCACUGUGGGGUGUUUUCGGGGCCAUGCAGGCUCUGGCCACUGCCUUCCUUAGCCCCGCCGUCGACCAUUGGUGCCAAGUGCCUCACCUCCACAACUGGACCACACAGCAGUUAUGGAACUUCUCCCUGCCCAGGACGAAGGUCGGGGGCGUGCCGCACCACUCCCAGUGCGAGAUGUACGUGCGCAACUACAGCUUGAUGGAAGGCGUGUCCUGGGAAGAGCGACUCCUCCACCUGCCUGAAGGGGAGCUGGAUGAGUCUACCCUGCCCACCCAGCCUUGUGAAACAUGGGAGUUCGACACGUCUUCCUUCCAGUCCACGCUGAUCUCAGAGUGGGAGUUGGUGUGUGGGAGGGAACACCUACGCUCCCUCAGCCAGAGCAUCUUCAUGGUCGGCUACUUCUUCGGGGCGCCCCUCGGAGGAUACUUCAGUGACAGGUUCGGGCGGAAGAGGCUGAUGAGCGGUGCGCUGUGGGCGUUUAUCGUGGUCUCUGUGCUUGGGUCCGUGGCUCCCUCCUACCCGCUCUUCCUCGUGUGCCGCCUCGUCAUGGCCUUCACCGGCACCAUCGUCUAUCAAGCUUCCUACAUACUGGCUGUGGAGGCGAGCAGCAUGCGUCACCGGGGUUUGGUGGGCAUCAUGUUCUCUGUGCCGUUCGCCCUCGGUAACAUGCUGCUGCCGGGUGUCGCCUACCUGGUGAGGGACUGGCGGCAUCUCCAUCUGGCUAUCUCCGUACCCGUCAUCCUCCUCAUCUCUAACACUAUUAUCCUGCCGGAGUCCCCGCGGUGGCUGCUGCAGAACGGGCGGGGUCAGGAGGCGGAGAGGGAGCUGCAGAAGGCGGCAAGGUGGAACAGCAGCAAGACUUUUGACUCUACGUGGCUCCUCUCAGCCCUCACACAGAUGAAAGCCCAGGCCGAGCACAGUGAGUGUAGCCAAGAGAACCCAGUAGGCGGGUCGUCGCUGCGGGACAUGUGGAGCAGCCUGCUAGUGUUCGUGAGGACGCCCGCGCUGAGGAAGAUCUCCCUCAGCCUGUACUUUGUCUGGAUCACCUGCUGCACUGUGUAUUAUGGCCUAUCCCUCAGCUCAGCCAACUUCAAUGUGGACCCUUUCCUGUACAUGUUCCUCGGGGGCGUGAUGGAGUUGCCUUCUUACACAUUGACGGUGCCUUUCGUCGCUCACUUUGGCAGAAAGAAUGUUCUCAUUGUCCUGCUGGUGACUUGCGGCAUUACUGUGCUGGGCGCCCCGUUCCUGCCUUUAGCUCGUGACGGUUGGGGCUUCCUGACGGUGGUGAUGGUGAGCAAGUUUAGCAUCACCUCGGCGUACCAAGUGGUGUACCUUUACUCGAGCGAGUUGUUCCCCACCACUCUGCGCACGCGAGGGGUGGGCGUCAGCUCCAUGGUGGGCAGGCUGGGAGCAAUCAUGUCCCCUUUCAUCAACGACGUCUUGGGCAGCCACCACUGGGCCAUUCCCACCACCAUCUUUGGGGGCCUGUCCGUGGUCGCCUCCUUCGUGAUUUGUUUGCUGCCGGAGACUUGCGGACGUGCGCUGCCUAACACAGUAGAAGACAUAGAAAACGGAGCCGCUGCCACCGCAAACAUGGUGGUGGCAGUCCCAGAGGAAGAGAUCCAAGAGGCCGCUGAGCCUAAGGAGGAUGAGGCGAUCCUCAGCACCUCGGCGCUGUGAGGGCUACGCCACGCCACUCCGCUACUGUGGGUCGUGGCGCUGCACCUUCAGUCAUUUCCAUGCUGUGAUUCCCGAGUGAUUCCUUACAGUUUAUAGUGUAGCUGAUAGCCAAACCAUAGGUACAGUAUUGUAUUACCAGUAAGAUGGUGUUGUCCGCCUGGCGGAUCAGCACACCUGCAUGAACACACGUAGUACAAUUUAUAACUGUUACUACUCUGUCUGUUGGCAGCCCACCACUAGUCUGCCUGCGGUCUGGACCAAAGGUUCCAGUGCUUCACUCAGGCUUCGUUAUUUUCAGAGUUUUGACAACGCGGUCAUCCAAUGUUAUCAUGUUUGUGGUUCAUCCCGAAUCUUCCAAUGUCACACUUUGAUGUAUCAAAGGAACAUGUGUGUCAUGCUUGUUUUGGCUGCAACGAAGCCGUGAUUUUCGUAAGAUAUUGUUACUGUAAGCGCGUGCGCACACACACACACACACACACACACACACACAACACACACACACACACACACACAGUGCAGUUGUGAGUUCCAACAUCAAGAAACACUCUUGUUCCCUCUGUGGCAAAGAAUUUCAGUCCCCGAAGGACCUGCGACAUGUCAUGAUCCACACUGGGGAGAAGCCAUAUCUCUAACUUUACUGCAAUCACACACACACACACACACACACACACACACACACACACAGUAGUGGUGUACUUAGUUACAAUCACAAGAAGCAAUCCCCAUUGACCCUAAAAACGCCAUGACAAUAGGACAAUCUUGGCAUCACCCUCCCUUCCCUCCCCGUCCUUCCCUGUGCCCCGUGACCCUCCCUCCCGGACAACUCAGGCUACUUCAACAAUUCAGUGCUUUAUGCUGAAACGCAUUUUCUACUCAGUAAAAAGUUUAGAUGUAUAUUUUUCUUUCCUCUUGCGCUGUGACGAUAGAUUUAAGGUAAAACUUUCCUCAAUAAAGAGAAAUCCUGUGAA